CUGCAGAGCAGAAAGAAGCCCCUCGAGAAAGCAUGCAAUGCAGUAGAGGGUUUGGAAUCUGACCCCAAGUUCCAGCAUCUCCUUUUAGCCAGCAACCAUCGAUUUUUAGGGAGGACGGUCCAGCUUUGCUUGCGUCAACAAUUAAAAAUAGUCGAAUUUGCUGUGUCAGGUAUUUUAGCAGGGCUAGAUUGUUUUCCUUCCGUUGACGGUUAGAUUCCGACUUCUCCGAUUAUCAUUCGUCCAGCCAAAAUUCGCGCAGGCGUUUUUAGGAGCUACUUGAGACUUGAACAGCAGGCUCUAGGCUGGUGUCGGAUAAUCAGCCUCAUCACCAGGAGUAUUAUUUCUAGAUUUCAGUCUGUUUUAGUGGAUAUUGGUCAGUUCUUGGUGGAAAGUGGAGCUUGCAUUGGAGGGUUUAAGGCCUAGUGACUCAUCCGUCGUCAUCUUAAGUUGCACCAGGGAUACGGUUUUCCUCUUCUUCGCCGCUCCUUUCUGCCGUAAUGGCUUCCGGGGAGGAAGGGGUUCCUGGCUUCUUGACGGAGACGCAGCGAAUGGUGCUGAGCGCGGCGCUGGAAGAGCGAGACGCGCUGCGCGGGGAAGUCCGCGCAGUGGACCCCAAGGAGCCGACAGGGCCUCGCCCGCACAUCGAGCACGCCACUAAGCACCCUCCCGCUGCUCGCGCGCACCAUCGCGCCGUCGCUCAGAAGCAGGAGCGCCGCUCGCAUCAGGUCACCAAUGGCCGGCCGAAGAAAGCUGGCGGGGGCGGCAAGGGCACGUGGGGCGAUCCCCUGGACCUGCACAACUACGAGCACGAGAUGGACCCGGGCGACCCGCUCUACGAGAGCGACGAGGACGACGAGCCGAUGCACGUGGCGCUGCCCACGCCGGUGGCGCACACAGUGGAGGACUACAAGCGCAAGGUGGUCGCCCUCCUCGAGGAAUUUUUCUCCUCGGGCGACAUCAGCGCGGCCGCGCAGGACCUCAAGGACCUGGCGCAGGAGCACUACCACCACCACGUGGUCAAGCGCAUGGUCACUAUGUCGCUCGACCGCCACGACCGCCACAAGGAGAUGGCCGCGCAGCUGCUCUCCGCGCUCUACGCCGCGGUCAUCGCGCCGGACCAGCUCGCCAAGGGGUUUAAGAACCUGCUCGAGAGUGUGGAGGAUCUGGAGAUCGACUGCCCCGGCGCGGGGGAUGUUCUCGCGACGUUCCUCGCGCGUUCUGUCGUGGACGACGUGCUUCCACCCGCGUUCCUCAAGCGGAUGGCGAAGAAGCUUGAAACGGGGGAGGGCGCUGGUGCGGGGGGCGCGGCGGGCGCGGAGGACGGGGACGGGGAAGGGGAGGCCGGCGCGGGGCAGGCGGCGGGGGGAACGGGCGGGCGCGCGCUGGAGGUGGUGCGCGCGGCGGAGGGGAAGCUGGCGAGCGCGCACCACGCGGAGGUGCUGGAGAAGUGCUGGGGGGGCUCGGCGCGCGUGACGUACGAGGGCGCAAAGGGGAGCAUCAAGCAGCUUCUGGCGGAGUAUGUUGUGAGCGGGGAGCGCGGAGAGGCCUGCCGCUGCAUCCGCGAGCUCAACCUGCCCUUCUUCCACCAUGAGGUGGUGAAGGCGGCGCUGAUAAUGGCGAUGGAGAACAAGCCCAAGGAGGCGGCGCUGCUGUCGCUGCUGCAGGAGGCCGCGCAGGAGGGGCUCAUCUCCGCCAGCCAAGUGAGCAAGGGGUUUGGGCGCGUGUUUCAGAACAUAGACGACUUGGCGCUGGACGUGCCGUCGGCGCCCGACGACCUGCAGCGCAUGGUGGCGCACGCCACCUCGCACGGCUGGCUCUCCGCCGCCUUCGCCGACGGCGUCUGGGCGGAUCUGGUCGCUGCCGAGGCGUCCGUCACGAAUGAAACCAGCAAGGUUCUCCAGGACUUCAAAUCGCGCUCGUCUCUCAUAGUGGCCGAGUACUUCGAAUCCGGCGACGUGAUGGAGGUGACGCGGUCGCUGGAGGAGCUGGCGUACCCGGACCUGCACCACCACCUGGUGAAGCGCCUGGUGACCAUGGCCAUGGACCGCAACAACCGCGAGCGGGAGAUGGCCUCGCAGCUGCUCUCCGCGCUCUUCCAAGACGUGCUGCCCACUGACCAGGUGGAGAUGGGCUUCCUGCGUCUGCUGGAGGCGGUGGACGACCUGGCGCUGGACAUCCCUGAUGCCGCCACGCAGCUCGCACUCUUCAUCUCGCGUGCCGUCAUCGACGACGUCCUCGCGCCGCACUUCGUCCUCGGCCUCCCCGGAAACGCCCCGCCGGUUGUCGCUGCGGACACCGCUGCUGCUGACACCACCUCUGCCCCUCCUGCCGAGGCUACUGCUGCCGCUGAUGCUGGUGCUGACGCCACGCCCGCUGGUCCCACCGCGCCGGCAGCAGCGGAAGAGCCGGAGGAAGCAGCGCUGGGCGGCGGGCCGGCGCUAGCAGCGGUGGCGGCAUCUUCACUGGCGCGGGAGGUGGUGCACAUGUCGCAGGCGCUGAUCACGGCGAGACACGCGGGCGAGCGGCUGCUGAGGUGCUGGGGGGGCAGUGCGGCGGUGGGGCGCAGCGUGGCGGACGCCAAGGAGAGCAUUGUGUCGCUGCUGUCGGAGUAUGUGGCGGGCGGCGAGCUCAGCGAGGCCUGCCGCUGCAUCCGCGAGCUCAACCUGCCGUUCUUCCACCAUGAGAUCGUGAAGCAGGCGCUGGUGAGGGGGAUGGAGGAGCCCCGCCACGAGCCGCGUGUUCUCCUGCUCCUGCAGGAGGCGUCGGAUGAGGCGCUCAUCUCCACCAACCAGAUGGCGCGCGGCUUCCAGCGCGUGGCCGACGCACUCCCCGACCUCGUGCUCGACAUCCCCAAUGCCGUCCCGCAGUUUGCUGCCCUGGCUGAGACUGCUAAGAGCCGCGCCUGGAUCCCCGCAGACUUCGCGUAUAAGGCUGAGCUGCCUGGGGGGGAUGUGGUUGCAGGUGCGCAGGAGGGUAAGGAGGGGGCGGUUUCCGAGCCGGCUGCUGCGUAGAGCGGGAACCGGAGCGAGGCUGCAGGGUGCCACUCUGGCUGACACUGCCAAGCACCAGAUGGAUUCCCAUGGAUUUCACGCACCAGACUGAGCGGCCAUUGGAGGGUGCGGGUGGGGAGGAGGGGAAAGUGGGUGUGGCAGAGAGGCAGAGGGAGUGGGUUCUGAGGCUGCUGCUGCGUAGUUGGUGGAGGAGGUGGUAGGUGGCAGGUGGGAAGCAGUGGAGAGGAGAGGAGAGGAGACGAGGAGAGGAGAGGAGAGGAGAGGAGAGGAGGAGAGGAGAGGAGACGAGGAGAGGAGACGAGGAGAGGAGAGGAGAGGAGGAGAGGAGAGGGGAGGAGAGGAGAGGAGAGGAGAGGAAAGGUGUGGCAGGGAGGAGAGUCAUGAGGGUGAGGGAUCUUCUCUCUUUCCCGGCCUUACUCUGCUAGGAGGAUAUCUCUGGUGUUGUUUCAUGUACCACUUGUGAGCAGUUUGGUUGGAUAGUGACAGCAAGGGGUUCUUUCCUCUAGACUGGAUUUAGGUGCUUCCUUUUCCGCAUGACAUGCACGACAUGGCAUCGUCUGCACACAUUUUUCCGCCAUUGGAGUUGCUUAUGGUGCUGACAAUGGGGUUUGUGAGCCAAGAGUGACGUCAGGCAAGGUUGUCGGGUGCUGGAUGUUGACUGGCCACUGGUUGAGUGCUUCACUAGGUUAGUUCAAUUCAAAACCAUCAGUACAAAAGAGGGAUCUAAUCUUUUU